CGAGGCGCCAUCACCAUCACACGCUGCUACUAGUUACAGCCUGCUGGAUUACUGCGUCUUUAUCUUACACCGUUUUGAAAAGAGCCCAGAUAUCGUGCUAUUAUCAAGUCGAUUAAUAUUUUCUAUCCAUUCACCUAACGUGUGAAAAUGUUUUACACUUGCGGUCCAAAUGAAGCAAUGGUGGUGUCGGGUUUCUACCGCUCACCACCAGUCAUGAUCUCUGGUGGGAGAGUGUUUGUUUUCCCAUGCAUUCAGCAGAUACAAAGGAUCUCUUUGAACACACUGACGCUGAAUGUAAAGAGUGAUAAAGUCUACACACGUCAUGGAGUGCCCAUCUCUGUCACUGGAAUUGCACAGAUGAAGAUUCAAGGACAAAAUAAACAGAUGUUGGCUGCAGCAUGUCAGAUGUUUCUGGGAAAGUCAGAGGGUGAGAUUGCCCACAUUGCCUUGGAAACACUGGAGGGUCACCAGAGAGCAAUCAUUGCCCACCUGACUGUGGAGGAGAUCUACAAAGACAGAAAGAAGUUUUCCGAGCAGGUGUUUAAGGUGGCUUCAUCCGACCUUGUCAACAUGGGCAUCAGCGUGGUUAGCUACACACUCAAAGACGUUCACGAUGAUCAGGAUUACCUGCACUCUUUGGGGAAGGCCCGUACGGCACAAGUGCAGAAGGAUGCUCGUAUUGGGGAAGCCAUGAACAAAAGAGAUGCAGUGAUCAGGGAGGCCAAUGCUAUACAGGAGAAGGUAUCUGCUCAGUACAUGAAUGAGAUCGAGAUGGCUAAGGCUCAGAGAGACUACGAGCUGAAGAAGGCUGUCUAUGACAUUGAGGUCUUCACCAAAAAAGCUGAGUCUGAAAUGGCCUAUCAGCUCCAGGUGGCAAAGACAAAGCAGCGGAUCGAGGAGGAGAAGAUGCAGGUGUUGGUGGUGGAGCGCUCGCAGCAAAUCAUGCUUCAGCAACAGGAGAUCACACGCAAGGAGAAAGAGCUGGAGGCCAAAGUCAAGAAACCAGCCGAGGCCGAACGAUACCGGCUGGAGAAACUGGCGGAAGCAGAACGUCUUCAGCUAAUCAUGGAGGCAGAAGCUGAGGCCGAAUCUAUCAAAAUGAGAGGAGAGGCCGAAGCAUACGCUGUGGAGGCUAAAGGUCGUGCCGAGGCUGAGCAGAUGGCUAAGAAGGCUGAGGCCUUCCAGAACUACAAGGAAGGAGCUAUGGUGGACAUGUUGCUGGAGAAACUGCCACUGAUGGCAGAGGAGAUAAGUAAGCCCCUGUCAGCUACCAAUAAGGUCACCAUGGUUUCCAGUGGAGGUUCAGAGAUUGGCGCAGCCAAGCUGACAGGUGAAGUGCUUGACAUCAUGACCAGACUGCCUGAAACCAUUGAGAAACUAACUGGGGUCAACAUUUCCCAGGUGGCCCAGACUGGUUGAAGAAAUUCUCCAACAUGACAUUUCUAUAUGCAUGCUUCAUUAAUCUUGUAUAUUUUUCUCUUACUCUCACUUUUUCUUCAGGUUCUUUAUCAUUUAAAUGAUUCUCUUCUCUAUCUUUGACAAUGGACC